GCUCCAAGUCAAAUUAUAAAAUUUAUUUUGACUCUCUCUGGUUUCGAUAAUGGCGGCCUCCUCCUCCUGCUUCGCAAUUCCCUUAUCUUCUUCUUCAUCUUCUCGAACGUCUCACAAUGCCAUUCCCAAAUACAAAACCCUAAUAUCUUCUUCUUACUCUUACUCUUACUUAGAAUCCCUGAAACCUCAGUUCCCUCGUCCCUUUAUAGCCCAACAACCACUGCAACCUAAUUAUAAGGUCUCUUCUUCAGAAUUAUCAGUUGUAGAUGAAGUUGAAGAAGAAACGAAAACUGAAGAAGGAGAAACUGAUGGAGACGAAGCAGCAGCAGCAGCGGCAGCAACAGUAAAGAAACCGAGACCUUGCGAGCUCUACGUGUGUAAUAUCCCAAAAAGCUAUGACAUUGCUCACCUUCUUGAGAUGUUUCAGCCUUUUGGAACUGUGAUCUCUGUAGAGGUAUCGCGAAAUCCUCAGACGGGAGAGAGCCGUGGAAGCGGAUACGUUACAAUGGGUUCUAUAAACUCUGCCAAAAUCGCCAUUGCUUCUCUUGAUGCAAAAGAAGUAGGCGGUAGGGAAAUGCGGGUUAGGUAUUCUGUUGACAUGAAUCCAGGAGCCAAAAGAAACCCUGAAGUCUUGAAUUCAACCCCAAAGAAGAUUCUCACGUACGAAAGCCAAUACAAAGUCUAUGUCGGAAAUCUCCCUUGGUUCACACAGCCUGAUGGUUUGAGACAACACUUUAGCAAGUUUGGGACAAUCGUAAGCACGAGAGUGUUACAUGACCGUAAGACUGGUAAAAACCGAGUCUUUGCCUUUCUUUCUUUCACAAACAGUGAAGAACGUGAUGCGGCUCUAUCAUUGAAUGAAACAGAAUAUGAAGGUCGCAGGAUCAUUGUCAGACAAGGUGUAGAAAAGAGCGAUGCGUGAAACAACUGUUCUGUUUUUGCUGUAAUGUCUUCUGAUAUCUUCGACGAGGUCUCAAGAAUACAGUAACCUUUACAUAUUAUAUCCAUCUCGAUUUUGUUUAUCACCCAUCUAUAUAUAAUAUUAUCCUCUGUAUGAUUCUCUUUACUCACUACUCUACAAUUGAAAGGUAACUCUCAAGUGUCUUAUUAGUCUCUCAGAUGUAAUGCAUCGCAAGUUUAACCA